AUGAAAUUGGAUAUGGAAACAACUUUAGGCAGUGAGGCCUUUUAUUUAGAUCUAGGAGAGUCAUUUAGCAGGAGAACACCUAAAUGGAUAGAAAGAUCAAAAGCAAAUGUUGAACUAAUGCAUAGUUCUGUGUGUAAAACAGCCAGAAACUCAUUUAUAUUCAUUGGAGGAACUUACAAAAAUGAUCAUAAUCCAGAGAGAGAAAAUCCACUUAUUGAAUAUAACCAUGAAUAUGAUAUAUGGCUUUUACCUUAUACUGAAGAACCUUUUGAUUGGCGAAUAAAUACUCAAUGUGUUUCGGAUAAUAAAGGAACUGCUUAUAUUUUUAGUGGAUAUACCCAAUUUAUUCCAACUAACAAUAUUAUGCACAUAUUAGAUACAGUUAAUAUGAUUUGGUCAACAGGCUCAAUAGAAAAUGCACCAUCAUAUAGACAUGGAUACACUUCUACUAUGUUAUCUAAUGGUUUAAUUGUAUAUAUUGGAGGAUGCAAUGAUUCUGAAUCAGUAUUAAAUACUGCACAUGCCUCUUGUGAAUGGUCAACACCAAAAAUUUCAAAUAAUGCUGAUACACCCCCAUUGCUUUAUGGACACAGUGCAACCUCAAUUGACAAAUAUAUGAUAGUUGCAUUUGGUAUAUUAACAAUCUAUUCAUAUAUUAUUUGUGUGUUAUAA